AUGGCUGGUGACACCCCACUCUCUCUGGCCUGUGCCAAUGGUCACUUGAACAUAGUCAAGUACCUUGUGAACGAUCAUCAUCAUGAUCCUAGAAAACACUCUAACAACGCUGGUAACACUCUACUCUCUCUGGCCUGUGCCAAUGGCCACUUGGACACAGUCAAGUACCUUGUGAACGUGAAUAAUUGUGAUCCUAAAAGUACAGUCAACUAUGCUGAUGACACCCCACUCUCUCUGGCCUGUGCCAAUGGCCACUUGGACACAAUCAAGUACCUUGUGAACGAGUGUCAUUGUGAUCCUAAAGGUACAGUUAACAAGGCUGGUGACACCCCACUCUUUCUGGCAUGUGCCAAUGGCCGACACAACACAAUCAAGUACCUUGUGAACGAGUGUCAUUGUGAUCCUAAAGGUGUCCUCCUCCUACUACAUGCAGCAGUUAAGCAAAGUCAAACAUCUAAAGUGGAAUUUUUACUGGAAAACUUCCACAUCGAUCUAAAUGUGACCAACAAAGAAGGCAAAGCACCUCUCAAUUUGGCCAAUGAUCCUAAAAUCAUAAAGCUCCUCUUGAAACAUGGAGCCAAGGCUGCCAAUGUUUAUAAAGAACACAGCAAGCUCAUUGGAAAGCUCUCCUCUGAACGACCCCCACACUUUCCUCUGUCUGUGCUCGUCAUUGGCGAUGGUGGCGUGGGUAAGAGCACUCUUUUGAAGUCCAUUGAGAGCUCAAAAGGCUUUUGGUCUAAACUACAGAAGGCAAGACAUGUAGAUGGUGUCGAUGCGAGGACAGUGGGGAUCAUACCAUUCGAAAUAUACACCAAAGAGUUUGGUAGAAUCAUCUACUUCGAUUUCGCAGGCCAGAAAGAGUUUUACGCGAGCCACUGUGCAAUUCUUGAGAAUGCUGUUCAAACCUCACCACCCAUCAUUAUCCUCUGUGCUAAACUUGUAGAAAGUGAGCAGGCAAUUAAUGAUUCCACGAUUCGCUGGUUGACCCUUGUGCAAAACCAGUGCACCAAUCCAAAAGACAAAGCACACGUGAUAGUAGUUGGUAGUCAUGCCGACCAGAUGAAGGAAAUGGGAGAAGAUCCACGAGCCAAAGAGAGCAUCUUUGCCCCCAUUAUCAAGCAAUUCCCAAAUUUUGAGUUCACAGAGUUCAUUCCAAUGGAUUGUCGCUUUGCUGAUUCUGAUGAAAUGACAAAAGCAAGAAAACUGAUCCAGAAAAGCUCUGUUAUUCUCCGCUCUCCAGAAAUCAUCAGCCUCAAUGCUCACACCUUUUACAUAUACCUUGCAGAAAACUUCAAAGAAGAUCUUGCAGUUUCAUUGAAGGUUGUUCAACAACGAAUACACAGUGAUCUAGAUCGGACACCCAAGUCAGAUAAAAUGGCAGACAUUCUUUCUUUCAUCCCGACCACCUUCUCUCGUCUAAUUGAGAUAUGUGACCAGCUAAGCAAAAAGGGACUUUUACUCUUUCUUCACAAUGAAUUCUCACCUGACAAUUCCAUUUUGAUUUGUGACUCCAAAAAAUUGCUCAAGGAAAUCACUGGGACAGUGUUUGCUCCUGAGCACUUUCAUCAGCACUGCGAUCUCGCUUCAAGCACUGGAGUGGUGCCUUUGUCUAAGUUUGCCAAACAAUUUGAGAAGUACGACAUUGAAGUGCUGCUUGCUUCCAUGAUACAUUUAGAGCUGUGCUUUGAGAUCAAAGACAAGCAAGUUCUAGAGCACAUUCAGAAGAUGGAGCCAGACCUAGACGACACUCGCUACCUCUUCUUUCCCGGGCUCAUUAGGAUGGAAACUCCCAAGCGUGUGUGGGAGGAAGACCCUUCCAUGAGCUACCACUUUGGCUGGAUAAUUAAAUGCGCUAAAGACAUCCAAUUCUUUGAUCCACGGAGUUUUCAGAUUCUCAUUCUGAGGCUAGUGUUCACUUUUUGCCUUGCUCCUUUCGAAGAAAUAAUCACAAAAAACCCUGCCCUCCAAAAAUCUUGCUCUGUAUGGAAGAGUGGGAUGUGCUGGUGCCACGAUAAUGAGAUUACCGCACACCUCGAACUUUGUAACAACAAGUCUAUCGUUCUUAAAAUACGAUCUAAAGUUCUCACAACUAAGAGCCUAGCCCAUCGCUCAGUAAUAGUCAAUAAAAUUCUCGAAACGGUGAAAGACGUUUGUCCCAAUAUUGUAGUUGUGGAAUCACUGAUCAAUCCAAAGGAAGUUGUCAGUCAUCCUCUAGAACCUUCCUUAGAGCUCAUGCUGUUUAGUGUUAGACAUCUUGCUGCAGCUGUCAGCUCUCAAAACGAAUCUGUGGAAUCAAAUAUCCAUCACCCUCUUUCGCUAAAAUGUCUUCUUCAUUUUGAGCCGUACGCUGGUUUGGACCUUAAAACUAUACAUUGCAUUCACAGUAACGAGAAAAUCUUGAAAGAGGACAAAAUUUCGAACACCUUCAUUUCUCAUUUUGCCAGUCAAAUUUCUGAUCCAAACAGCAUUCUCAUGUACAAACAAAUUCUGGGCCAAUCUCAAGCUUCUUCUGAUACAAAGGAUGUAGUCCAGGCCCUCGAGACGUGGAGGAAAGAGACUGAGGGAACUUACAGCUGUCUGAGGGAGACUCUCAACAAGUACAGCGUCUUCACUGGGAGAAACCCCCUGGAGCUAGCUGGUGUGGCUCAUGAUGAUGUUGAUCCCUUCGUGUUUAGUGUCAGUGAUGAUGAGCAAAAUGAUCAUGAUACAGUAAGAGAGAAAGAGUACCCAGUGUCUACGUUAGGAUCACCCGCUAAUCGAGUCACUCUCCAAGAAUUAAUGAGCCGAUAUAGUCUGACUGACGAGCAACUCAACAGUGAAAUAGAGGACUUUGAUUUUCCUUGCCUUGCCAAAACAUUCGAUGGUGCAGCGAUCUAUUCGAGUGCAAUGGGACUAACUCGUGCUGAACAAACCGAUGUGAAUAUGUUGUACCACAGAGAAGGAACUCAAGCAGCCAUAAUGAAUUGCUUGCAAAGCUGGAAAGAACAUAAUUCUUUUCAAGCAACUUACAAAGCUCUACUGGAUAUCUUACUGAGAUUGGGGAAAGGAGACACAGCUGAUCAAAUCUGUCAGCAAUUGACCCAAGACACGAGUAGAUGUAACACAUCGACUCCUUUACUACCACCAUCCUCACUGCCACUGGACCCAACCAACUCCAUUCAUUAAAGGACAUACAGCCUAGUGAUCUGAGUGCUGGAGUCAGCUGGAUCUACGUACUGUAAACAUUAUAUAAUGUGUAUACAUGUAUAGGACUGCUGAACAUUGUUAUAAUAAUUGUGUGUGUGUACUUUUCAUGAACCGAU